AUCCCCAUGUGACACCAAAGAGUGUCAGAAUGGCGGCCAGUGCCAGGUGGAGAACAGCUCUGCAGUGUGCAUGUGCCAGGCCGGGUACACAGGGGCAGCCUGUGAGACAGACAUGGACGAGUGCAGCUCUGACCCGUGCCUGAAUGGAGGCUCGUGUGUUGACCUAGUGGGGAAUUACACCUGCUUGUGUGCAGAGCCCUUCGAGGGACCUCACUGUGAGACAGGAAGCCACCUGGCACCUGACGUCUGCCUCUCCACCCCUUGCCAGAAUGGGGGCACCUGUGUGGAUGCGGACGAGGGCUAUGUGUGUGAAUGCCCCGAAGGCUUCAUGGGCCUGGACUGCAGGGAGAGAAUCCCCGCCAACUGUGAGUGCCGCAAUGGAGGCAGAUGUCUGGGCACCAACACUACCCUCUGCCAGUGCCCCCCAGGCUUCUUUGGGCUCCUCUGUGAAUUUGAAGUCACAGCCACACCCUGCAACAUGAACACACAGUGCCCAGAUGGGGGCUACUGCAUGGAAUAUGGCGGGAGCUACCUCUGUGUCUGCCACACCGACCACAACAUCAGCCACUCCCUGCCAUCGCCCUGCGACUCGGACCCCUGCUUCAACGGAGGCUCCUGUGAAGCCCAGGAUGAUUCCUACACCUGCGAGUGUCCGCGUGGGUUCCACGGCAAGCACUGCGAGAAAGCCCGGCCACACCUGUGCAGUUCAGGGCCCUGCCGGAAUGGGGGCACAUGCAAGGAGGCAGGCGGCGAGUACCACUGCAGCUGCCCCUACCGCUUCACCGGGAGGCACUGUGAGAUCGGGAAGCCAGACUCAUGCGCCUCCGGCCCUUGUCACAAUGGCGGCACCUGCUUCCACUAUAUUGGCAAAUACAAAUGUGACUGUCCCCCAGGCUUCUCUGGAAGGCACUGUGAGAUAGUUCCCUCCCCUUGCUUCCGGAGUCCGUGUAUGAAUGGGGGAACCUGCAAGGACCUAGGCACAGAUUUCUCCUGCCACUGCCAAGCAGGGUACAUAGGACGCCGGUGCCAGGCAGAGGUAGACUGCGGCCCCCCGGAGGAGGUGAAGCAUGCCACACUGCGCUUCAAUGGUACCCGGCUGGGCUCAGUGGCACUGUACAUAUGUGACCGCGGCUACAGCCUGAGUACCCCCAGCCACAUUCAGAUCUGCCAGCCACAGGGCGUCUGGAGUGAGCCUCCUCAGUGCCUCGAAAUCGACGAGUGCCGAUCUCAGCCAUGCCUGCAUGGGGGCUCCUGCCAAGACCGUGUCUCUGGGUACCUGUGCCUUUGCAGCACAGGAUAUGAGGGAGCCCACUGUGAGCUGGAGAUGAACGAAUGCCAGACACAACCCUGCAGAAAUGGAGGCUCCUGCAGGGCCCUGCCAGGGGCCUAUGUCUGCCAGUGUCCUGCAGGCUUCGUUGGAGGCCACUGUGAGACAGAGGUGGACGCCUGUGACUCCAGCCCCUGCCAGCACGGAGGCCGGUGUGAGAAUGGCGGCGGGGUCUACCUGUGCGUCUGCCCAGAGGGCUUCUUCGGCUACCACUGUGAGACAGUAAGUGACCCCUGCUUCUCCAGCCCCUGUGGGGGCCGUGGUUACUGCCUGGCCACCAAUGGGUCCCACAGCUGCAUCUGCAAAGUGGGCUACACCGGCCAGGACUGCGUCAAAGAGCUCUUCCCGCCAACGGCCCUCAAGGUGGAGAGAGUGGAGGAGAGUGGGGUCUCCAUCUCCUGGCAUCCACCUGAUGGUCCGGCUGCUAGACAGAUGCUUGACGGCUACGCGGUCACCUAUGUCUCCUCUGAUGGCUCCUACCGCCGCACAGACUUUGUGGACAGGAGCCGCUCCUCACACCAGCUGCGGGCCCUGGCGGCUGGCAGGGCCUACAACAUCUCCAUCUUCUCUGUCAAGCGCAACACCAACAACAAGAACGAUAUCAGCAGACCUGCGGUGCUACUCACCCGCACGCGACCCCACCCUGUUGAGAGCUUUGAGGUCACCAAUGUGACGGCCAGCACCAUCUCAGUGCAGUGGACUCUGCACAGGAUCCAUCACGCCACCAUCAGUGGGGUCCGAGUAUCCAUCCGCCACCCUGAGGUCCCUGAGGACCAGUCCACCGAUGUGGACAAGAGUGUGGACAGGUUCACAUUUGGAGCCCUGCUGCCAGGAAGGAGAUACACCAUCCAGGUGACCACUCUUAGUGGGCUCAGGGGAGAGGAGCAUCCUACCGAGAGCCUGGCCACCACACCAAUGCGCGUGUGGACCAGGCCUCUGCCUCCAGCAAAUCUGACUGCCGCUCGAGUCACAGCCACCUCUGCCCUCGUGGUCUGGGAUACCCCCACUCCAAGUGCCUUGCUGGAGGCUUACAUCAUCAAUGUGACCACCAGCCAGAGCACCAAGAGCCGCUACAUCCCCAAUGGGAAGUUGGCAUCCUACACAGUGCGUGACCUCCUGCCAGGACGGCGGUACCAGCUCUCAGUGACAGCAGUGCAGAGCACAGAGCAUGGCCCACUGCAGCACCAGGGAGGACACCACCCACGGGUGCUCAGAAACAGACCACCUCCAGUUCGCCUGCCAGAGCUGCGCCUACUCAACGACCACGGUGCCUCUGAGACACCAACCCAAGCCCCCAGGUUCUCGGAGCUUGUGGAUGGCAGAGGAAGAGUGAGUGCCAGGUUCAGCAACCCACCCAGCAAAGCAGUCACCAUGAGAUCACUACCCACAGCCCUGCCACAGCUUGAGAACAUGGAGGAGGCACCCAAGCAGGUCAGCCUGGCCCUCCAGCUCCCCGAACACAGUGACAAAGACGUCGAAAACGCCCCCAAGAACUGUUCGGAAAACCCCUGUCAGAACGGAGGCACCUGUGUACUGGAUGCUGACACCCACAGCUGUGACUGUGGGCCAGGUUUCAAAGGCAGACGCUGCGAGCUCGCCUGUAAAAAGGUGCCCCGCCCCUGCACUCGGCUGGUCUCGGAGACAAAGUCCUUUCCCGUCUGGGAAGGAGGCAUCUGUCACCACGUGUAUAAAAGAGUCUACAAAGUUCACCAAGACAUCUGCUUCAAAGAGAGCUGUGAAAGCACAAGCCUCAAGAAAACCCCAAACAGGAAACAAAGUAAGAGUCAAACACUGGAGAAAUCUUAAGGAUUUAGGACAUUCUUGUUACACUUCACCAACCUCAAGAGUUUCUAAAACCCAGGAAGAUGAGAUCUAAAAAUUGGAUUGAAAAGGACACCCUGAGAGACAAGGUCCUGGCUGGAGUCCCCUCUGUGACCUCUCUCCUUGGGCCUCUGGAAGACAGUCGGCCAGGCCUGUGCAUGCACCAGCCCACCCUGGGAGAUUCUUCUGGGACCAGUCACCAUGAGUCCUGUGAUGCAUUAAGCAGCCUGUAAUCUAACUCAGGUUGUGGCUUCUAAAGGCACGAUCUGUGCUUCUGUGGAUGAAAGAUGACAGCCCACCA